GUUGACAAGAUCAACAACUUUCCCUGUUUCAAUUAAAACACGUCCUCUUUCAACUGACCAGCGAAUAGAGUUGUUGAAAGCGACUUGGUGAAUUUCGGAUUGUCGUUACGGACCUCAUACAGUGGCCAUCACUAACCCAUCUGCCUCUUCACAACCUCAAAUACACCAUCCAACGCAACACUCUCUUCCACAACACAAAGCAAUUGUUGCAUGCGCAACAAACUCGCAAUCAUGGACUUCGCAUCUCUCAUGUCGAAUGCGAUCUCGAAAUCGCGACCAAAUACCGCAGCAGCCGAUGCGCCCAAGAAGAAGUAUAUGAAGCGCGCAGAAGUUGAAGCAGAGCGACAGGCUGAAUACGCCGCAGAACAGCGCCGAAUUGAAGAAGAAAAGAAUGCAAAGCACCUCCAAAAACGAAAACGCGAAGAGGAAGAAUUAGAGGCCAAUCGCGCGCGUGAAAUCAAACGAGCCAAGCUGGCGGAGGAAUCAAGGAUACGGCGAGAAGCUAGAGAAGCUGAAGAGGAAGCAUCGCGCAGGAAGAAACUGGGGUUGCCGGAGUUGGUUAAGGAGGCAGAAGAGGAGGUAGAAGAGGAUUACAUUAAGGAGGAAGAGUUGGUGGAGAAGUUGAGGGAGAUGGGGCAGCCUGUAAAGUUGUUUGGGGAGAAUCAUAGGCAGAAGGUGAGGAGGUAUAGGAAGUUGGGGAUCGUUAUGACGACAGGCCCUAUUCCUACGUCUUUGGAGUUGGUGGAGGAGAGAGAUAUGAAGGUCGAUCAACUGCCCAAGGAUGCUGAGGGACGGAAAUUCUUGUUCAGACAGUUGGCUUCGUAUUUUACUAUGGUCUUGACGGAGUGGGAGGGGGCUCUGGAUAAGGAGAAACGGGAUACUUUUGCUAGUAAGGCGGCUUAUAAUGCUAUGGUUCAGAGCAAGGAGAAUAUGACACCUGUAAGUAUUCCACACAUUCAAUCUUAUGAAAGUAAAGCUAACAAGGACCAGCUCUUUCGAAAAUUCGAAAAAGGUGACUUGGAUGAAGGAGUUCUCGAGCCCAUUGUGGAAAUUGUCAAAGCAGCUCAAGAAAGACGAUACGUUGACGCAAAUGAUGGAUAUCUAAGAUUGAGUAUUGGCAAGGCAGCUUGGCCCAUCGGAGUUACUAUGGUUGGUAUUCACGAACGUAGUGCGCGGGAAAAACUUCACGAAAGUGACAAGGGACAUGUCAUGGGAGACGAGGUCACCCGAAAGUUCUUGCAAAGUAUCAAGAGAUGCUUGAGUUUUGCACAAGUUAGGUGGCCUCCAGAGGAUAUCAGACAAUUGAUGGGUUGA